GUAAUUAUGAUUUUUAUUGUAAUUAUGAAGGAUACCAGAAACACGUUGAAGAAAGUGUUGAAAUUAAUAAUCAUUAAGGAUAAAUGGUUAUGGAAAAUAUCCCUGAAAAUGGGAGCCGAAUAAGCGGUACAAUUGAAAAUUUAAUUUAUUAGUCUCCACCUAAAAGCUCUUAAAUAAAAACACACAAAAUGGCAUCAACCUCACAAAAACCUGGUACCAAUGAGGGAGUUUUCGAGCUCAUUACGUCGCUAUGUGAGAAAACUGCAUCCAAAUACCGUAAGGCUGGGCAACUGCCCCUAAAAUGUGACAUUUCCAAAAUGAGAUCUUUAGCCUACGAAAUAAUUCUCAAGAAGACAUCAAGCAAAGUCUCAAUAUCUAAUACUGAUCCCUACAUAGACCUCCUUUCGUACAAUUUUGCUUUACAUAAUACUUCUCAAAAUACUGCGGAAUAUAAGAGAUCUUUGGAAUUAAGAGAUAUUAUUGACACUAUGAGAAAUACAGAUUUCGGUGACAAUAAACAGCAUAUAGAGAAUGUUCUAAAGUUAUUGAAUGGAUUGAGAGAUACUGAUAAGCAAGAUGUGUCACAAGAGCUUUUCCAGAGACCAUUUUCAUUUGGGUUGCUUCACAAAAUGUUGCCUAAACCUCCUAGAGAAGCUUUUGGUUCGAGUGAACCAUACUCUUACUAUCCAUCUCAUGUGUUUGAGCUGCCCUAUUCUGUGAGGAAACAGGCUGAUGUUGACAAGAGCUCUCUAUGCUACACUGACUAUACUGUGGAAACUUUUGAGUCCAAAUCUUUAUUAAUAGAUCCAUCAAAACAAGGGACAGAAGUGAAGUCAUUUAUGAGUCCAAAAUCUAUUAAAACCAUAUCAUCCAGUAUAACUCCGAAUAAAGAUAGUAACAUUAUGAUAGACUGUCCGAGAUUAACAGCCCCAAGGGAUCUGCAAAUACCCAAAUCAACUUCAACAUCUAAUGUAAAGGUGUCACUCGGAAGUCAAAAGGAUGAUGUGCUUGAGGUAUUUAGAUCCAAAGUGAAUGAAUCUAUAGAUAUAUGGGAUGUUGUUACAAAAAUGGAUCAGGACAUUCCAGAAGAUAUUUGGGACUAUGUUUCAAAACUUCCACCAGUGAAUGAUCGACAAAUAAUCGCAACAUCUGCAAGGGAAAUGUUGCUGUGGAGGCAGACUUACGGCGGUCAGAUCUCAGACCUCAAUAUUAUAUCAGAGAAAUUGUUUAUAAGGCAUUUGAUGUAUUUAAUUAUUGGUAUAGAAACAAAUUCUUUCCCAUUCAAUGAGGAAGCCAAUUGUUUUUGUAUGAAGGACAAUUUAGUUCUCGAAGGUGUUUCAAAGGAGCUGUUAAAAGGAUAUGUAUCACCUCUACUUGUUGUUGGGACAUACUACAAAAGGCUUUAUAAUUUUGCUUUCAAUAUGAAAAUUGAAGACACCUUACAGAGCGGAGGACUAAUCUAUGAGGCAGCAAGGGAAGUUAUCAGGCAGUACCUACUAGACUUCAGACUUACUGCCACCGAUAUAUACGAGGAGUGCUCCAAGAAUGUCAGCGAGGAUUCCAACUGUAUGCCAACGUUGUUACAAAUACUACAUCACAUUGAACCACUCAAAUAUGAAAUCGAAACUAUGGUUUCCAUCUAUAAACUGUCUGAUAGUGAUUCUUCCAGUUCAAUCCCUCGUGGGGCGGAGCUUAUGUCAUACAUGUUUAAUGAAAUAUCUCUAGUGACACACAAGACAACGGCUCUUGUGUUGUACAACUCCUUAUUUUCUAUUUGCAAAGUGUAUUAUAAAUUCAUAGAACGUUUCAUAUUCGAGGGGGAACUGGAUGAUCCAUACAAUGAAUUCUUCAUACGCAAAGACAGCCAAUAUGUGAACUCAAGGUCGAAGCGAUACUGGGAUAAGGGGUUCUAUAUUGUUGCUAAUUCUGCUAUACCCGAGUUCUUGCGACCGCUGGCAUCGUUUAUAUUACUCUGUGGAAAAUCUCUGAGACUGCUAAAGCUGUGUAAUCCUGGGGAUCCACUAGUUGCACUUCUCUCAGCGGUACAUCCGUCAGUGCGUGCGUGCUCAGGAUGGGCGGGGCUUGAACGUGCGCGCCGCCUUUUGCGUGUAUACCGCACGCGGUGUUUGUUCGUGGCGGGCGAGCGAGCGUCACUACAGCGACUGUUGCUGCAACGAGACGCGGAGAGGAAGGCGUUCGCGGAAAUGGCGACACUCAAACAGGCGGAAACGAUGGAGAAGAUUGUAGCUGAGCGUAAAAGGCUGGCGCAAUUAAUAAUAGCUGAGAAGCAGCAUUCUCUUAAAGUUUUGGAAGCGGCAAUGGCGGAAACUAGAGCUGCUAAGAACAAAGUGAAACAACGAGAAAGAAAACUUCAUGAAUUAGAAGCCGCAGCUGAAAAAGCUACCGAAGAAGUGGAUUCGAAGUUGAAAGAGGACGAAAGCAACAAAAUAAUGGAAUAUUAUUCGAAACUUAAUAUGGAAGUAGAAAAAAGCAAACUACACACUGAAUGGAAAAUAAAACGCCUACAAUUAGAUGAAAGUAGAAUGCAACUGCUGUCUACAGAAGAAAGAAAUUUGAAACGAGAAAAAUUAGAAUUGGAACACCAACGAAAUGAAGAUGUAAUGGCUAUGUCCAUACAGAGUAUAGAUUUUAAAUCGGACGAUGAUGAAGCCAAAAGUAUCGUACACUCAGAAGAAACGCUCGAUAAUGUGUCUACCGAUAUUGAUAACACAAGUUAUGAAAAUGCAAAUGAAGAAGCGAUUGAAAUUGAGCAGACACAAAAUCAAAAUGCAGCUAGAUACAAGGCAAAAGCUCAGUCAUCGAAUGAUAUGUUUAGCGCUAUUUGUAAUGUAGCUAAGAGUAUUUUUGGUGUUGGGAGACAAAAAGAGGAGGCUUGUGAUAACGAAGUAAAAAUUGAUACCGAAGGAAACAUUGUUAGUGUCGAUGAACAAAGGAAUGUCGCUGCGAACAAAGUAACAAACUAUAAGAAAAUUGAGAGCAACACAAACCAACUCAAUUAUUUAGAAAGAAAGCAAGCAGCUCUGCAAACUAAACAAAGGGUCAUGGCACAUGAAUUGGGAUAUGACAAUGAAAAUAAUCAGGUCAAGUCUGAAGUUCCGGAAAUAAAACUGACGUCAGUUGAUGAAGAAAAUAACUUUGAAGACAACUGGUGUUUUGCUGAAGCUAGAAAAAAUAAAAUUAGAGUUUUAGGUGCCGAAUUUGGAGACACCAUUGAUACACCAAUACAACAAUCCGAACCUAGAAAUAUCGCACAAAAAGAAGCACUUAUUAACAAACAAAAAGUUCUAGGCGUUGAGUACAACCAACCUGCAGUUAAUGUGCCUGUCAAAGAACCAGCAAAUAUAGCUCAGGAAGAAGCUCUAAGAAAUAAGCAAAAAGUUCUUGGUGUAGAGUAUAAUCUUCCGGCAGAAAAAUAUAUUAUAAGAGAACCUGCAAAUUUAGCUCAAGAAGAAGCCAUUAUGAACAAACAAAAAGUACUCGGUGUAGAAUAUAAUCUUCCGGCAGAAAAAUAUACUUCAAGGGAAUCUGCAAAUUUAGCUCAAGAAGAAGCCGUUAUGAAUAAACAGAAAGUACUCGGUGUAGAAUAUAAUCUUCCGGCAGAAAAUUAUAUUUCAAAAGAACCUGCAAAUGUAGCUCAAGAAGAAGCCAUUAUGAAUAAACAAAAAGUACUCGGUGCAGACUUUGGACUACCAGUACAAGAUGUAGUUACAAAGAAACCAUCUAAUAUAGCACAAGAAGAAGCGAUUGUGAAUAGAAACAAAAUUUUAGGCGUCGAGUAUAAUUUGCCGGCAGAAUCUGUAAACGUAAAAGAUCCAGCAAAUAUUGCUCAAGAAGAAGCACUUAGAAAUAAAAAGAAAGUUCUUGGCGUGGAAUACAAUUUACCAAUGGAAGUGACUGCUCCAAAAGAACCAUUAAAUGCCGCACAAGAAGCGGCCCUUAAAAAUAGGAAUAAAGUACUCGGCUCAGAAUAUGAGUUAGGUACAGAAAAAGGGAGCGCUAGAUUUGAUUCCUCUAGGAAAUCUAAUUUACGUCUCAAUCUGAAACCUUAUAAUGAGACUGAUAAAAAUGUUUUAACACCAAACACUGCUGCAGUUAUGUCGGGAGAAUUGUAUCCAGGAUCAGUUCAGCUCGACUUAGAAACGCCAACGACAGCAGAAAUGCCCAUCGAUGCAGCAACCUGUGAUGCUUUGACACCGAAGAACGAGUACAACAAAUAUUUCGAAUCAUCCGACAAGUCACACAGAGACUACCUCACUUCCGAAGGAUUCAAUUUCUCACUAAUCGUAGAGGAAGAAAAUAUAGAAUCAGAAAUCGAUCAAGUCUAUACUCCAGAUACAUCACCGAUAAAAGUGAAAUCAAAGUCAACUGUCAACAUAUUAGAUGGCUCCUACAGUCUAGAGAAUUUCGAUCCAUUCGGAGUUAAGGAACAUAAACAUUUUAGUACAAACUAUUUCGAGAAUAAAAUUAAUGAUAACAACUCUAACUAUACCCAUCCGUCUAUAAUAAUGGAGAAUGUUAAGAGAUCGCCGUGUGAUAAUAAUUUUGCAUCACGAUUCGAACCUGAUAUCAAAGAAGAUGAGAAGAUUACUUGUGAUAAUAUCGUAACUUUGACAGCGUGUUUGCAAAGAUCUGUGAUGCUGCCUCUAACAUAUCAGUUAGAAGUCGUCAAUAACUCUAUCUUAACGUAUUUCCUUAUAAAUCUCGAUAUGUAUGAACAUUUGAAGAGUCUAAAGGAUUAUUUCUUCCUUAUGGAUGGAGAAUUUUCGAGAAGUAUUUGCCAUAAUUUGUUCUCUAAGUUGACUAAGACUGUGAAUCCGCAGGAGUUGUUGAAUUUUGCGACGCUACACAAUAUUUUGGAUAAAGCGCUUGGAUCGUCUAUUCUUCAUAUCCACAAGUUUUCAGAGAACCUCUCUUUCACCAUAUCGGAUUCGCCGCUAAGUUUUCAGCACAGUUCGCCUGAUGUGCUGCAAUGUCUGUCACUAACUUACUCUGUCAGUUGGCCGCUCAAUAUUAUUCUGUCACAAGAGGCGCUCGCUAGAUACGCUAAAGUUUUCCAAUUUCUGAUCAAAAUGAGACGAAUAUCGUGGGUGUUGAGUGAAGAUUUUCAAAAUCUCAAGCUAUCAGUCAAGCUACUGAAGUUAGAUUCUAGGAAGCUACUCAGAUCACCGCAGUACAUAUCUAUACAGAUAUAUAGACACAUAAUGUCGUCUCUGAUGCGGGCUUUAGACAACUAUAUUGUGACCACAUGUAUAUUGUCAUCAUGGAACGAAUUCGAGACGGAUUUGAAGAAAGCUAACACGUUAGAUGAUUUGUAUGAGUGCCAUGUAGUGUAUAUUAAGAAGGUGUUGUUCAGAUGUCUACUGAACAAUCGCUCGACACUAGUCAUGAAGCUAUUAAACGAUAUGUUCACCGUUAUACUGAAGUUUAGUCGUGUGUUGAAAGCUGGCGAAUGGCAACAGAAAGAGACGGGCUGCUACACGCAUCCCAACUUCGUCCAACUCGAAGAGUUGUUCCAUUUGUUCGAGAAACUCGCUAAAUAUCUCCACAAAGUGGUCACAAAACUCACCGAAUGCGGCUACCAGCGCCAUCUAGUGGAGCUACUUACAAUGGUGAAUCUCAACGGAUAUUAUGACCCGGAGAAAUCGAAGGAUGAUACUAACACCAGUAUACAGAGCACUUGAAAGAUGAACGCGCGUGCCGAAUCGCAUCGCAUUUUAGAAUUCGUUGUAUGAAUUAAUGACGUGAAACCUCGCACAUUCGUCCGCACCGUACGCGCCCUAUUUCGUGUACUGGGCAAAGGCUGUGUUCGAUACGGCUGAGUGAGUUAGUUCUACAAUUUGAUUGAAUUAGUUGACAUUAAUUUCAUGAUCAAA